AGGAGGAAUGUGGAAGGCGGCGGGGCGCAGGCUGACAGGCGGUUUCUCAGGCGGGCUGCGGCGGCGGCGGCCGGAGCGCCUCUCGGCCGAGGUUGCGCGCCCCCUCCUCACCGUGCCCCAGGCCCGCGCGGGAUUGUGCGUCCUCCCCCCUCGUCCCUGAGGGGAAGGAACCGAGGCGGCGGCAGUAGCGGCGGCGGCGGCGGCGCCGCCUGGGAGCCCGAGCCUUCUCGGCGCCCCCGUCCCUCCCCCGCCGCACCCCGCCCCGGCGCGAGAGGAGAGCGCGAGAGCCCGAGCCGCGGGCGGGCGGGCGGCGAAGAUGGCAGAGGCGCCGGCCUCCCCGGCCCCGAUCUCUCCGCUCGAAGUGGAGCUGGACCCGGAGUUCGAGCCCCAGAGCCGGCCGCGCUCCUGUACGUGGCCCCUGCAGAGGCCGGAGCUCCAGGGGAGCCCGGCCAAGCCCUCUGGGGAGGCGGCUGCUGACUCCAUGAUCCCCGAGGAGGAGGACGAUGAAGACGACGAGGACGGUGGCAGUAGGGCCGGCUCGGCCAUGGCGAUCGGCGGCGGCGGGGGCGGCCCGCUGGGCUCUGGGUUGCUCCUGGAGGACUCGGCCCGGCUGUUGGCUCCUGGAGGGCAGGACCCCGGGUCCGGGCCAGCCCCCGCGGCGGGCGCGCUGAGCGGGGGAACGCAGACACCGCUGCAGCCUCAGCAGCCACUGCCACCGCCGCAGCCGGGGACGGCUGGGGGCUCCGGGCAGCCGAGGAAAUGCUCGUCGCGGAGGAACGCCUGGGGGAACCUGUCCUACGCCGACCUGAUCACUCGCGCGAUCGAGAGCUCCCCAGACAAACGGCUCACUCUGUCCCAGAUCUAUGAGUGGAUGGUGCGCUGCGUGCCCUACUUCAAGGAUAAGGGCGACAGCAACAGCUCUGCCGGCUGGAAGAACUCUAUCCGGCACAACCUGUCACUGCACAGCCGAUUCAUGCGGGUCCAGAAUGAGGGAACCGGCAAGAGCUCAUGGUGGAUCAUCAACCCAGAUGGCGGGAAGAGUGGCAAGGCACCCCGGCGGCGGGCCGUCUCCAUGGACAACAGCAACAAGUACACCAAGAGCCGCGGCCGUGCCGCCAAGAAGAAGGCAGCCCUGCAGACCGCCCCCGAGUCAGCAGACGACAGUCCCUCCCAGCUCUCCAAGUGGCCCGGCAGCCCCACAUCCCGCAGCAGCGAUGAGCUGGACGCGUGGACCGACUUCCGCUCACGCACCAAUUCCAACGCCAGCACAGUCAGCGGCCGCCUGUCCCCCAUUCUGGCGAGCACAGAGCUGGACGACGUCCAGGACGAUGACGCACCGCUGUCCCCCAUGCUCUAUAGCAGCUCGGCCAGCCUGUCGCCCUCCGUCAGCAAGCCGUGCACUGUGGAGCUGCCCCGGCUGACCGACAUGGCGGGCACCAUGAAUCUGAACGACGGGCUGGCCGACAACCUCAUGGACGACCUGCUGGACAACAUCGCGCUCCCUGCAUCCCAGCCAUCGCCCCCGGGGGGGCUCAUGCAGCGCAGCUCCAGCUUCCCGUACACCACCAAGGGCUCCGGCCUGGGCUCCCCCACCAGCUCCUUCAGCAGCGCGGUAUUUGGUCCCUCGUCUCUGAACUCCCUGCGCCAGUCUCCCAUGCAGACCAUCCAAGAGAACAAGCCAGCCACCUUCUCUUCCAUGUCCCAUUAUGGCAACCAGACACUCCAGGACCUGCUCACGUCAGACUCGCUCAGCCACAGCGAUGUCAUGAUGACCCAGUCGGACCCCUUGAUGUCUCAGGCCAGCACCGCUGUGUCCGCCCAGAACUCCCGCCGGAACGUGAUGCUUCGCAGUGACCCAAUGAUGUCCUUUGCCGCCCAGCCUAACCAGGGGAGUUUGGUCAAUCAGAACUUGCUCCACCACCAGCACCAAACCCAGGGCGCUCUCGGUGGCAGCCGUGCCUUGUCGAAUUCCGUCAGCAACAUGGGCUUGAGCGACUCCAGCAGCCUCGGGUCAGCCAAACACCAGCAACAGUCUCCCGUCAGCCAGUCUAUGCAAACCCUCUCGGACUCUCUCUCAGGCUCCUCCUUGUACUCAACCAGUGCGAACCUUCCAGUCAUGGGCCACGAGAAGUUCCCCAGCGACUUGGACCUGGACAUGUUCAAUGGGAGCUUGGAAUGUGACAUGGAGUCCAUUAUCCGUAGCGAACUCAUGGAUGCUGAUGGGUUGGAUUUUAACUUUGAUUCCCUCAUCUCCACACAGAACGUUGUUGGUUUGAACGUGGGGAGCUUCACUGGUGCUAAGCAGGCCUCAUCUCAGAGCUGGGUGCCAGGCUGAAGGCUCACUGAGGAAAGGGGAAGUGGGCAGAGCAGACCCUCAAACUGACGCAAGACCUACCAAGAAAACCCUUUGCCAAAUCUGCUCUCAGCAAGUGGACAGUGAUAACCGUUUACAGCUUAACACCUUUGUGAGCCCGCGCGUUUCCUACCCCAGCAGAGACUGCUAUCGGCCCCUUCCCCCGGGUGAAGCACUUAUCCUCGCACAGAACUCUCUCUAUAAAGUAUGCAAAACCUUCCUUGUACGGGGUGACAGCCACCUGCCAGCGAAGGACAGCACCCUGCCAGCACCGCCACCCCGUUCAGAGCACACCGUCAGCCCGCGGGCCGUCCUGUGGUGUUUUAAUAUCGCGAUGGUUUAUGGGAUGUGUGAAGCGUUGUUUCUGUGUUCGUUUUCCUCUGACUCAGUUUCUCACAUGCAUUGACUUGGAGUCUUUUUAUGUUAAAGUGUUAACCAUCCUUCCCCUGGCACAUUUACAAACAGAAGGUGUACCAGCUACUGCGCUGGCUUUGGGUGUCACAAACGUCCAAGCCUAUAGAACUCCCCAAACUAACACAUUACGUAAACUAGAGGAGGUUUUUCUGUCUUCUUUACUUUGGUAGAAAACUAUUCUUUUCUUAAAAAAAAAACAACAGUGGCACAAGUGUUUGCUGUGCGCACCGGCCCAGGAACAGAGCCCUGCAUCUGCGACCUGAAGGGUGCCCAGCAUCUGACCCCAAGUGCCCGGUCCUGAGUCAGGGCGGUCGGGGGACAGUCCCUGGUCUGCAGUUGCCGGAUGGGUCUGGCCUGUGGUCUGUCAGUAUCCUCAGCUCACACAGUCACAGUGAUCAUAUGCUGGCUAGAAAUUAGGAUCUCUUCAAGGAAGAAAUCUGCUCAGCUCUUCACUCAUUGCCAAAGGCCACUAAUGGAUUUAGUUUUAAGAAGAAAAGAAAAGGGAAAAAAAAAAGUAGUCUUGUUUUGCUUUGCAGAAGUGAACUUACAGGUAAACAUUAGGCCUGCAGUGAGAAAUGUGUGGAAAGUACAAACCCGAGUCACUCUUUUUUCUAAAUGCACACCCUUGAUUACUUUUAGCCUUGCUCUGUAUAAUCUCAUCUAGUAGAUGUGUAUGAAUGAGAGGCAAUAGCAUACAAACUGAUUCUUUUUUUUAAUAUAAAUAAGCUUAGGUUGUAAUUAUACACGUGACUCAAUGGAAGUACAAGGUAGGGCCGUUUUGACCUCCCUUCCACUUUUCCUGCUUGUAUGGAUUUCAUUUUUUUUUCUUUUCAAAAAGUUAUGGUGCUGUAUAGGUGCUUUCUGUUUAACCCAGAAAGUGUGAUUAUAUUAGUUGCCCUCUUUGUUAGAGUAGUUGGGAACGCCUUUGGUACAUAUGAAACUGGGACAAUGACACUCUGAUUGGCACAGCAUAUGCAUACUUCUCCAAAAAGGUAUAUGAAGACUCUUUUCUUUGCAUACAAAGCAUUAGGCAUACAAAUGUAUAAAUAUAUUUUAUCAUGUACAGUUACAAAAACGGAACAUUCUGCACGGAUGUUAGGAAUCCAGGCUCGUAGUUCAGCACAGACCUCCCUGCAUGAGUUCUCGCAGACGUUUGCACCAUGCAGUGGGCGCUGACUCCCCCACCAACACAGACAUGCCACCCGACCACCUGCACCCGUCACCAGCCGCCAGGGCCCCCUUGUGCAUCUCUGCUUCCUGAUUCCUCUGGGGGUGACGGUGGUGGUGAUAACAGCUCCUGGCAUAAUGAAAGUCCCAUUUGGUGUUGUCACUUGUCUCUCCCGCCUCGCUUAGGUUGUCAUGUGUGAGUGAUGGCCCCGUUGAUUUCACCCUGCCUUUUACUGAAUCUGUAAAUUGUUGUGCAGUUUGUGGUUAUAGUAGACCUGUAGCCUAUUGCCUUUUCUAAACUGCUCCAAGUUUAUAAUCUUCAUUUUGAAAGUAUGUAUAAUUUUUGAAAAUAUGUAUUCUAUUCAUGCAAUCUGCUUCUCAGUGAGACAGACUUUUGCUUACCAUAUUCCUCUGUAGUAAGGCUAGCCCCUUCCUCGAGUCUUUGGUAGUCUGCUGUCCAUGAGGACUGUCCAUUAUCAGUGAGAGGGGGCUGCUCUCUGGGUUCCCAAGUGAUGCUGCCCUCGGUGGAGACACAGUUUGGUCAGGGACAGGGGAGGGACCAGGGGGUAUCGGAUUCAGGAGAGAAUCCAAAGUGCUUCCAACACAAGGGCCCUGAGACUUCUCUCCUGAGCUCAGAGAAACAAGAAAACUAACAAAAUAGCUAUUUGCCUUUGCAGUUUUCUAGACUGUGGAAACUACUUUGGGAGUAAGAAAGGCAACCCUCAAAUGUGUUUCAACUUUAAAAUGUUGAAUUCCUUUCAGACCUGUGGCAUCUUAUUUAUUCUCCCGCCCACCCCCCACCCCCACCGCCCCAAUGUUUGUUAGAUUGCAGGCAGAAUGUCUUACAAAAUGUCCUAGAACCAGAUUAUAAUUCAAUUGAAAACAGCUGAGGGACGGACAGAGAAGGGGUGUGAGAGCAAGACAGCCAUGGAACAGAUCAGGAAAGUGGAGAGGGAGGGGGGCUUUGAAUCUUUUCUUUACUUUUUCUUUUUUAAAAAGUAACUCAGCAUCUACAUGUAGAGUAUCAUGGACAGCUGAGAUCAGGGCAAAGUCAGGUGCCAGCAUCAGUGCUAGAAAGGGUCGGGAAAGAAUGGAAUAGUUAGGCCUGUCCAGGAUCACACAGCCUCACUCUCACCCUUGGCCACUCACCUGGAGGCCAGGAUCUCUUAGACUAACCAGGUCCUGCCGCAGUCAGACGAGGCAGGGCAGAGGUGCCACCUUCUGUUAAGACCCUGCUUUCAGGAGGGGCCUACCAGUGGCCACCACGUGAAGUUCUGAGUCUCACAGGUCUCUCACAGGAAGUUUUCUGACCUGGAGCGUCUCAGUGGAAUACUCAGUAGCCUUUGGGGGUCUGGCAGUCAUGUUUGCUUCCAUCAACUCUCAGAGUCUACCCUCAGCCUCUCAUUAAGCUGCUCUAGGGAGCCUUCUACUUUUCGAUGGGAAAUUUAUAAAGAAGAGUAACAGUGUUGAAACCAUGACCUGAACUCUGGGGUUCUGUUGUUACCUUCAGGGUUCCAGAACCAGAAACCUUUUACCAAAGUUAGAAAAGAGCUUUAUCACAAGCCUUCCCUGUCCUGGCAUGAGGCCUGACCGCCAGACUCAAGAGUAUCCUAUUAACUGUGAAUGAAUCUAAGGUCAGUUCCCUUUAUUGCCGAAACACAUUCUUUUAAGAUUUCAGAAGUUCGUCUUUGCUGUUAACAGGUGGAGCGUGCACACACAUGUACUGGUGGACUGUGGAGGGGUCAGGGUUUGGUGUUGGGUUUCAGCCCUGUGUGUGUCGCUUCCCCACUCUGAGAAGACCUCAUGGCUCACUACUCAGGACAGGUAUGCCCAGUCUCAGGGUGUUAUUUCAGGCAGCUUCUGAACCUGUUAAAGAUGGAAGGGAGUCUAUCUCAUGAACCCCAACUUAAAGAAUAAGGAAUAUUAGAAUCUCUUGGAAAGCCCAUCAAGAGGAAAGCAAACAGCCACGCCCAUGUUUUUGUACACUGAUGCCAAGGGCUGGUGAAGGAAAAUAAGUUACCUUUUCUCUCUAAAAGCAGAAACAAAAUCCUGACAGGUCCGAACUGUGAUUUCUUCUUUCUUGGUGUAUUUGGGAAACGUUGAUUAUGUAUAACAUUUUUUUUUUAAUUAAGCAAAAAUUUUUUGUAGAAAUUCAAUCGCUGGCAAAGAGGUACAAACAGCCAGCCUCUCCUGGAGACCAGGGGUGGCAGGGUGCAGCAAGGGGAGAGAGCAGUCCUUGUGAAAUCCCAUUUGUCAGACCAGAUCGUAACGCAGGUGCCCAGGUCCUGAGAAGAGUACAGUUGGCCCUGAGUACACACGGGCUCCACAUCCUGAGUCAGCCGACCGCGGAUCCAGACGGCCAAUUGUACUACGCCUUUUUAUAUAAGGGACUUGGGCUUUCCCGGAUGUAGGCGGGGGGAUGGAGUCCUGCAACCAAUCCCCUACGGAUGCCGGGGGUGACUGUGUAUUAUAUUUGAUCCAGAUCUUUAGUGGAUAACAUUUUAUGCAGUUUGAAUGAAUAAAAAUAUUUUCCUCUUGUUUAGUUUUAUUUGUAUGUAUUUUACUUUGAUGAAUGAUUGGUUCCGAGGCCUCUGCCACACUCCAGAAAUAUUUGUGCGGCUGCUUAAAAAAAAAAAAAAAAAAGCUGUGUGUCUGGUCACUUAUUUCUCUCAAAUUAUCUCAUUGCCUGGCAAUCAAUCUUCUCUCAAUAUACUUGUCCUAGCACAUUAUGUACACAGGAAAUGUAAACAGAUGUGAAGGAGGACCAGAAAAAAAAAAAAGUUGAUAAUAAAGAAAAAUGUAUGUUUUGGCUUCACAUGUUUAAAUUUUUUUUUUUUUAAGAAAAGUUGCAUGAAUGGGAAAAAAAUCUGUAUACAGUAUCUGUAAAACUGUCUUAUCUGUUUCAAUUUCUUGCUCAUACCCCAUGCAAACUAGAGCUCAGUGUGGUGCAUGGCCAUAUUCAAACACCCGAGAGUCAUGCAGUUGAUGCUUUGGUUUGAAGCACCUCAUCCUUCCUUUCAAAGCGAACACUAUCAUAUUGCAUUCUUACUGAGGAUUUUGUCUGUCCAUAUGUUACCAUGAAAUAUCUCUACCACAUUUUGUCUCAAGAAUCAAAACCAGUUUGAUUUGGGAAUCUUCUCCUUUCCAAGUGAAAUAGAGAUGCAGUACUUAACUUUCCUUGGUGUUUGUAGAUAUUGCCUUGUGUAUUCCAUUUAAAACCGUAAUCUAGUUUGUAAAAGCGAUGGUGACGCAUGUAAAUAAAGCAUCGAUGACACUCUA